AUGCCCACGCGAUGGCGGGGGGGUGAUAGUGCUCAGAAGAAGACUAGCCCCAGCUGGUAUGACCGCCAUCUGUCUCCAGUGCUAUUGUCUAUAUCGAAACGCGCCUGCACUCAUCCUAUACAUACAAUCGUCUUUGUCGCCCUUCUUGCAAGCACCACCUACAUCGGAGUUCUGGACCAUGGCCUGUUCGACCGCAGCCCCGUCAUUAGCUCGACGAGCGGCAAGGUGGACUUCAAUACGUUGAUGGUGGGCAGCAAGAGGCUGCGAGUAGGAGAAGACACCGACUGGCAAUGGCAGGUUGAGGAAACAGGCAGCUCGUCGAAGCUCGAGAAGACUACUCGGGAACUCGCACUUCUGACCCUUGUUUUCCCCGAUCUCCCCGCUUUCAAUUCUGCGCAAACCGCUCCUUUGGCCCAGAGCGUUAUCCCAAACAACUCCUCUGCCAAACUCCUCCCAAGCUCGACGAGCUCGUUUUCCAAUAUUUCCCCUGACACUUCACUGGCCUUUUCGAUAUCGCUAUCAGAGGCCCCUGAGUUCCUAGCGGCUAUGCAAGAGAUUCCCCCUGCUGAGGAUAUCGCUGAAUCCCAGGACUCGGAUCACGAGGGCACUGUUGAAGCCAAGAAGUGGAUUAUGAAGGCUGCAAGGAGCGGCUCAGGCUCGGGAGGGCUUCGCAACUGGACGCGAGACUCGUGGACCUCGUUUGUAGACUUGUUGAAGAAUGCGGAGACACUAGACAUCGUGAUCAUGGUCAUGGGAUACCUGUCCAUGCACCUGACUUUCGUCUCCCUAUUCCUCUCCAUGAGGCGCCUUGGGUCGAAUUUCUGGCUUGCUGCGACAGUUCUGUUCCAAUCUGCAUUUGCGUUCCUCUUCGCACUCCUCGUGACCCUUCGUCUUGGCGUCCCAAUCAAUAUGGUCCUUCUAUCAGAGGGGCUGCCCUUCUUAGUCGUCACUAUUGGGUUUGAGAAACCCAUCAUUCUCACCAAGGCCGUUCUCUCUGCGUCAAUUGAUGCCCGGCGUAGCCAAAACACCGAAGGAGGUAACAAUGAGCCUAUUACCAUUCAAAACGCCGUUCAAGCUGCUGUCAAGGAGCAUGGCUUUGAAAUAGUCAGGGACUACUGUAUUGAGAUUCUCAUCCUUGUCGCUGGUUCACUAUCAGGUGUGCAAGGUGGACUACGACAGUUCUGCUUCCUCGCUGCCUGGAUCCUCGUUUUCGACGGCGUUCUACUCUUCACUUUCUUCACAUCUAUCCUCAGCAUCAAGUUGGAGAUCAACCGCAUCAAGCGGCAUGUCAAUCUCAGGAGGGCUCUUGAAGACGAUGGCGUCAACCGAUCUGUCGCGGAGAGUGUCGCAGCUAGCAAUGACUGGCCCCGAAAUGACUCUGGACGAGUAAACAAGUCGGGUGAACACACUGUCUUCGGAAAGAAAGUACGCGACAACAGCAUUCCGAAAUUCAAGGUGUUGAUGGUCACUGGAUUCAUUCUUGUCAAUGUCCUGAACGUCUGCACUCUGCCGUUUCGCGCGAGCAGACACCCUGCUGCCGCCAAGAUGUCCAGAUUCUCCAGUGUCGUUGCACCACCGCCGAUGGACCCAUUCAAAGUUGCAGGAAGCGGUCUAGACUCUAUCUUUGCCUCUGCGCAGGCCAGCGGAAUUUCCACAGCUGUCACCGUCGUGGCACCAAUCAAAUACGAAUUGCAGUUUCCUUCCGUACAUUACGCCUCUCCAGGAGAGUUUGGUAGUGACAGUAAAGACCAUCUCUCCACGACUAUGGGCGGCCGCGUUGUCGAUGGGCUGCUUAAAAGCUUGGAGGAUCCAGUUCUAAGUAAAUGGAUUAUCGCGGCACUGGUUAUGAGCUUGGUGCUCAACGGUUACCUCUUUAACGCGGCUCGUUGGACCAUCAAAGAUCCCCAUACUCCUUUGGAUCCACCGAUGGCAGAAGAAAUUCAAGAAGGUGCUCCGCCUAACGUGUCUACUUCCCUGGCUUCUCCAAGGCCUUCACCACAACCUCAAACACCACAAAAUGGAUACUUUGCUCCUGAGGUCGCGCCCCUUGCGGAAAUAGUCCAACCGCAGCCAAUACCAAUACCAGCGCCUGUGUUCCAGCCCAUACCCGAGCCCAGCCCCUUCAGUGAAAAGGAACAGCAAAACAAGCGCCCAAUAGAAGUCACCGAGGCUCUCUUGAAAGAAAAGAAGGUACAUCUCAUCACGGAUGCUGAGUUGGUGGAGCUGUCUAUCAAGGGUAAGAUACCAGGAUACGCGUUAGAGAAGACACUUGGCGAUAAGACAAGAGCUGUCAAAAUCCGACGCGCUGUCGUUUCUCGGACGCAUGCCACUAGGGAGACCUCGACGCUCCUGGAAAGGUCCAAACUCCCCUACGAGAACUACAAUUACGAUCUUGUUCAUGGAGCUUGCUGCGAAAAUGUCAUUGGCUAUCUACCCCUUCCUGUUGGUGUCGCUGGACCAAUGAUGGUUGACGGACAGAACUACUUCUUACCCAUGGCUACAACCGAAGGUGUUUUAGUCGCGAGUACCAGCAGAGGCGCCAAGGCCAUCAACUCUGGUGGUGGAGCCGUCACUGUGAUAACUGGCGAUGGCAUGACCCGCGGACCUUGUGUUUGUUUCGAGACGCUGGCUCGAGCUGGCGCCGCUAAACUGUGGUUGGAUUCUGAAGAAGGGCAACGCGUGAUGAAGAAUGCCUUCAACUCCACCAGUCGUUUCGCUCGACUUCAAACUAUGAAGACUGCUCUUGCCGGUAACAACCUCUACAUUCGAUUCAAGACGACGACCGGCGAUGCUAUGGGCAUGAACAUGAUCUCGAAGGGUGUUGAACAUGCAUUGGGCGUCAUGGCUACCGAGGGCUUUGAAGACAUGAACAUCAUCACGGUUUCCGGAAACUACUGCACUGAUAAGAAGGCGGCUGCGAUCAAUUGGAUCGAUGGUCGCGGCAAGGGCGUUGUCGCUGAAGCUAUCAUCCCUGGUCAUAUUGUGAAAAGCGUCUUGAAAUGCGGCGUCGACGAGCUCGUCGAGCUCAACAUCAACAAGAAUCUCAUCGGCAGUGCUAUGGCCGGCAGCAUUGGAGGCUUCAACGCGCACGCCGCAAACAUUGUGGCUGCCAUGUUCCUUGCAACUGGCCAAGACCCGGCUCAGGUUAUGGAGAGUGCCAACUGCAUCACAAUCAUGAAGAAUCUCAAAGGCAAUCUCCAAAUCUCCGUCUCCAUGCCCUCAAUCGAAGUCGGCACCCUUGGCGGCGGCACAAUCCUCGAGCCCCAAUCCGCCAUGCUGGACCUCCUCGGCGUCCGCGGCGCCCACCCCACUAACCCGGGCGAUAACUCCCGCCUCCUCGCCCGCGUCAUCGCUGCCGCUGUCCUCGCUGGCGAACUGUCGCUCAACGCCGCGCUCUGCGCGGGGCAUCUGGUCCGCGCGCACAUGGCGCACAACCGUAGCCAAGCGCCCAGCGCGGCACCCAGCCGUGCUCCUACACCCGCACCACCGCAGCUCAUGAGCGGAGGCGCGCAGACUCCGGCUUCGGCGGCUGUGGGGAGCAUCAGAGAUGCGGCGUCGAGAGCGGCGGAGUCGGCGCUGCCGAGGCGAUAA